AUGGCCCCCGCACUCGACUUGACCCCCGACUUCAAUCCCCCCCCCACCACAACAACAAACGGCACGAACGGCACGAACGGCACAAACGGUAGCACAAUGACCAAGUCUAGUCAACGAACUCUUCUCCUCGCCCCCCCAUCUCUCGCUUCGCGCGAAGACCGCCUUUCUUCCCUUUUUGCACUCCACCCGCGCGCUUCCACCGACCUGCAAAUGCUCGACCGCCUUGCUGCAGGCCUCGUCACUUUGCCCCCCACCACCUACGACCUCGUCCUAGUCUUGACCGACCCCGAUGGAUCGCGCCGUGCCGAGGCGGCCACGCUUCUGGCCGAGCGUGCGGUGUGGACGGCGCUGGUGCCCGCGGUCAAGGCCGGCGGGAAGGUGAGGAGUGAAGAUGGUGGACAUUUGAAUAAUGGGGUUGAGGGGCGGGAGGCGGUACUAGCAGGCCUGGUGAGGGACGAGGAGGGCGGGUUCUUGAAGCCCGAGUACGCUGAGGAAGAGGUGGUGCCGUUGAAGUUUGGCAAAAAGGCUGGGGCAAACAACAAGACUCAGAGCUCUGCGGGGCCAGCGGUGCAGUCUGUGACUGUCGCGACACCGAAUGGGGGAAAGGAGGAAGUUAGUAUGGUCCCACCGGUUAUUGCUACGGGUGCUGUCGCUGCUGCGGCCCCCGCGGGGGUAGGGUUUGUGGAUUUCAGCGAUGAUUUGGAUUUGGACGCGGACGACGACGACGAUGUGAUCGACGAAGACACGCUUCUUACGGAGGAAGAUUUGCGUCGGCCGAUCCAGCAACCUCCCGAGUGCCAACCACAGCCCGGGAAGAAGAGGCGGGCCUGCAAGGACUGCACAUGCGGUCUGGCGGCACGGAUGGAAGCGGAAGACAAGGCACGCCGCGCCAAAGCCGACAACGCGCUGAAGCUCAAGUCGGAGGAUCUGAACGAACUCGACUUCACGGUCCAGGGUAAGACGGGCUCGUGUGGGAGCUGCUACCUGGGAGACGCCUUCAGGUGCUCCGACUGUCCUUACAUCGGCCUUCCCGCCUUCAAACCCGGAGAAGAGGUCAAGAUUGUCAACAACGCGGUCCAGUUGUAG